GUUUGUUUUAGUUGUUUUGGUUGGGCGUUCCCGUCAUUCCUGCAGAGUUGCGGGAGUCCCGAGCUCCCGCAGGGACCUCGAACGCCUCCGCGGCCCCUUCAAGCCCUGCUGUCGCUGAUCGGACAUGACAUCAAACCGCGGAUACGCCAGUUUUCCGCAUUCCUGCACCGCCUUCCGCACCCGCAGGUGAACGCAGCUGUCCACGCGUUCGUGGAGCGAACGUGAACUCAAAGAAGAAGAAGAAGAAGAGGGAGGAGAGAUAAAACGGAUUCCAUUAGAAACGCAGUGUCGGACUAGUGAAAGGAGGAUGCGCUGACGGAUCCGCGGUCCUGUUUUGGUGCUGUUACUGGAAGGAUCAUGAACCGCACGUUUGACUAGCCAGCUCUGAAGUAACAGUUGCAAGGAAGGCCAACGUGAAGCAAGAGAAGCAUGGCCGUCUUCAAGUCUGACAUCGUAGAAGACCUCUAUGAGAUUGGGGAAGUUCUGGGAAGUGGCCAUUUUGGUCAGGUGAAAAAGGUCCGCGAGAGGGCGACUGGAACCAGCUGGGCGGGAAAGUUCCUGAAAAUUCGGAGAAAAGGAGGCAGCCUCUUGGGAAUGGACAGAACCAGCGUGGAGCGUGAGGUGGAGAUCCUGCAGGCGCUGAAACAUCCCAACAUUGUGUUGCUCAAGGACGUUUUCGAGAGUCGAUCAGAGAUGGUGCUUGUUCUAGAGCUCAUUUCUGGAGGUGAGCUGUUUGACUUCAUUGCUGAAAAAGACAACCUCCUGGAGACAGAGGCCAUUCAGUUCAUGAAGCAGAUCCUGGAGGGACUGAGGUUCAUGCACAGCAACAACAUCGCUCACUUCGACCUGAAGCCAGAGAACAUCAUGCUGUCCGAAAAGGUGUCUCCUCAGCUCAACGUCAAACUGAUCGACUUUGGCCUGGCCUACCGUUUUCACCAGGGACAGGAGUACAAGAGCACAAGUGGCACGCCUCAGUACGUUGCUCCAGAAGUGAUCAGCUUUGAGCCACUGAGCACCGCAGCAGACAUGUGGAGCAUUGGAGUCAUAACCUACAUUCUACUGAGUGGUAUGUCACCAUUUCAAGGUGAUACGGAUGAAGAGACUCUGAGGAACGUCGUGGCGGUGCAUUACGAGUUUGAAGACCUUUACUUCAAGACGACCAGCUCCAUGGCCAAAGAUUUCAUCCAGAAGCUUUUGGUGAAAGAUUCCAGAGAGAGGAUGACUGCAGAGGAGUGUCUACUUCAUCCAUGGAUCAAGCCCAUCACACGCAGACAGGUGGCCAACCGCAAUCGCUCCUCCAUCAACAUGAGGAACUUCAAGAGGUUCAACGCCAAAAGGAAGUGGAAGAUGUCCUACAACAUGGUGUCUGUUUGCAACCGGCUGGUAAACCUGAGGCUUGUGUGCAAACACAGAUCUGAUACCGAUCUGCUACAGAACAGAAAUGCAUCCUUGUCUCUGCAGAGACAAUGUGAGAGUGACGUGGAAGACUCUGAGAGCAACCCCAGCUCACUGUUACGCCGAAGACUCAGCAGCAGUUCCUAAAGAUGACCAGCAGAGGCCAGCAGAUCCAGCAGGCUCACCGAACCAGUCCUCUUCAGCAAAGGAGAUUUCUUCCUUCUUCAAGUCGCAGAAGUUCUUUGAGGAAAAGCUUGUUUUUAUAGAAUAUACACAGGUUUUCCUGGUAUUUCUCACUGAUGACGUCUACAUCAGGCAGGUUUUAGAGAUGACGAUCGUUUCUGGUCAGAAACAACAUUGUUUCAAGUGUCGUCAUGUGACGGCAAACAGUUCUGGUCCCCCCAACACCAGAGCAGCACAGUUUCUGAGGUUCCGGAUGAACUGAUGGGUUCUUAUGAUCAGAACUUCAAGCAUUGGUGAGUAGGUGGAAGAAGGUGAACUGUGCUCCUGUUUGUGUUGUUGGGAAAUGUGAGAAAUAAAACAUCUGUGAGCUUUUAUCUAGGUUUAUAUUUAAAAUAUUCAAUGAUGCACAACAAACAGCAGCUAUGUAUGCUGGUGCUUUUUUUGUAACAUUUUAAUUUUUAUUGUCUUUAACCAGUUUACCGAAACCUAAACUCUGAAAAGUGUGUAUUUGUUACGUGUAUGUUGAUGUUUAUAAUUGUGUUUCUAUGUUAAAAGUAAAAAUAACUGUUUGUGUGACUGGGUUUGUUUAAUGAACAGAUCAUUUAAAAUCUCAUCUAUUUGAUUAGUUUAACCCAUCAAGUUGAAACUGACCACAUGGAAAGAUUUAAAGGGAUUUUUGUAGUUGCUGGUUGAAUCCUGGAACCAGCAUUGGGUGUAUUUUUAAAAAAGAGUUUACACUUAAAUUUCUGUAUAAAUUUAAGGUUAGCUUGUAGUCCUUCAACAACACAGACAGAUUUCAUGGUCACAUUUCAAAAGUGUUUUUUUCUUUUUGUUUUAAAACCCUUAUUUGAGGUUAAAAUGUAUGACAAAUACUCAUUCAAAAUGACAAUUUUGUUACUAAAAAUGCUGAAAUAUUUCGAAUAAAAAAAAACUUUAAUCCAAAA